GAGAACUGCCAAGAUGUCUGCUGGUUUCUUUGACUUCAACCGUGUGGACGGCGGUCCGACGCUGUACGCGUCCAACAAGACGGCGGUGACGGUGGACGUGCUGGAGGUCGGCUUCAUCUUCGCCAUCUGCAUCCUCGCCUUCUCCUUCCUCGUCAUCCUGCCCGGAGUUCGUGGCAUUCAGCGACUUUACUUUGCUCUGAAGGUGUUCUUCAGUAUCUUUGUCCUGGCAGUCAUCAUGUUGGGUAAUUUUGGUAUGGAGUGGGAGGUGUCAGAGGUGGAGACCGGCGUACAGUACAAGGCCUUCCACAACGAGGAAAUCCACGCCACCAUCGGCGUCAAGAUCGGACUGAGAGCCGCCAACAUCACUCUGAAAGGUUCAGGCCCACACCUGAACAGUGAGAGGAUCGACUACAACGAACGGUUCUGGUGGGGAGGGGAGCGGCAGUGGACACAGGGACGCAACUUCUUCGGACCAUUUGCUGGACUGGUGAACCGGGAGUUCCGCGAGGCUCAGUUUAAGGGCCUGCCGUACCCCAUCCUGUGGAUCGCAGAGUACUUCACUCUGGACGGGGAGAACAUCCGCUGGGGACGCAGCUACCGGCUGUCAGGGUUUUACACCCACAUCAUGCUGUGGACUGCCUUCCCCCUGUGGAUCCUCACCAACAUCCUGUUCUGCAUGUUUAUCCGGUACGGAGCCUACUUCAUGAUGCUGACGGGCGGGGUCAUGUUGCUAGGCAACAUCCUGUUUGCCUCGCUGCGGUGGGGGCCGGAGCUGGCCAUCCCCAUCGGGACGACGGUCAUGAGGUUUCACUACGGCUGGUGCUUCUGGAUAACCCUGGCUGUGGGUUUGAUCACCGUGAUUCUGGGCGCCAUCAUCCUGUUCGUCGACCUGCGUUUCCCCGACCUGACGGGAACGUUCUUCGGCGUGGAGUCGGACCCUGACGAGUACUACACCGUGGAGGGCGAGCUAACCACGGGUACAGUCGAUAUAAGAGAACCCAGCCCCGAUGACAGCCCCAGUAGUCCCAAGGAACAUUCCCAGCUCAUGCCAGCCGCCAAGAAUGGGCCACCAACGGAUGACGCCAUCUACGAGAACUAUGACGCAUACCGCAGACGGACUGACUCCAGGGGACUUUCCCGCUUCCAGAAGUCCCGCAAGAAGCCGGUGGCCUCCCCGCGCCGCCGCACUGCCAGGGCCGCACGCGCCGCUCCAGACGAUGUGUUAAGAGAGGAGGAUGAAACCCAGGCCGAGGCAGAUCAGGGGAAUGUCGCCAUUGAGAUGGAAGGCAUCCACCCACAAGCCUAGUGUUGUGGUGUCACUGGAAGAGUCACAAAUAUGCAAAUCAUGAAAUUCAAUAUGCAAAUAUAUGACACACCAGGGCAGAUUACCAACAAGACGUGUUGAGGCACUGCAUAUAAAUGACAUGGAUCAUGAUCGUACCUUUUUACCU